CGCUGCGCCUGCGCGGGGGAGGCGGCGGCGGGGACUCGGCCAGAGGCGCCACGACAGCCGCGCAGCCCCCGCUCCCCCUCGCCAUGUCCGGCGUGCAGCGCAUGAAGGUGGCCAACGAGCGGCACAGCAAGAGCAUCACGCAGCGCGGCGGCCCCCACCGAGCCCCGACCCCGCAGGAGGAGAAGGCGCCGGUGGGGCCGUGGCUGCUGGCCCUCUUCGUCUUCGUGGUCUGCGGGUCAGCCAUCUUCCAGAUGAUCCAGAGCAUCCGCCUGGGAGGCUAAGCGGCCGAUGGAGCGGCGGUCCCGGCACCGGCAGCCCUCAGGGACUCUUGAAGGGGGGGGGCGCCUUUUCUGGACCCCCUUGGAAAUGUUUACAGCCAUGAGCCUCGUCUUCCUUUGCUUGCCGCCCCAAAGCGACUCUCUCCUGGAUCCGGCGGGUCCCGCUCCCCCGUUUUCUCCGGAGCCCCGCCGGGGUCUGGCGGGCCCUGAACUGAAGGACGGGGUGAGCCCCGGCCCCAACGUGGGGCGGAGAGGCUGCCCGGCCUGGGGUGCUUCCUGAGGAAUUGGAGCGGUUUCUUACGAGGAAAGGCAAGGGGGCCGGGGGUCUUUCGGGGUCUGCAGCCCCGUGGGGGGGGGCGUCUGCUCUGGAAGCUGCUUUUGCUCCGUGUGUCAAGCCCACCACCCCUUUUCCCUAGCCAUCAAACCGUUGAGCUGCUGAAUAAAAAGUAUUACCAUCUUG